GGGUCUCGUAUUUGGUCAGAGCAGCCCUCUUAGUUUUUCUCAUAUCUUUGGCCGGACCAGACGGUUGGUUUAGAGCCGCUCUCACUGCUGCGUGUUUACCCUUGUCUACAUCUACCGACCGGUUCUCAUCUCCGAGCAGCAAACGGUGAGAAUUUCAAGAUUCUGAGGCCGCGAAGGAGCAUCACGGGGCGGUGUCAAAGACAGAGACUCCCCUGUCAAGGCUAACGGUUGCGGUGCUCUUCCUCACACUUUGAAGAAGUGCUGUUGUCUUUAUCUCACGGUUUAAAUCGGUGACAUGAGUGGAAGAGUGGGAGACCUAAGCCCUAAACAGGCCGAGGCACUAGAACAGUUUCGGGCGAGGAUUCAGGAUAUUCUUCCUCAGCUUCCAGCACAGCAUGACCACUUCCUGUUGCGUUGGCUCAGAGCCAGAAACUUCAAUGUACAGAAGUCUGAAGCCAUGCUGCGAAAGCAUCUGGAGUUCAGAAAACAGAUUAAAGUAGAUACAAUAAUCACUGACUGGCGUCCACCAGAGGUGAUAGAGAAGUAUUUGUCUGGUGGGAUGUGUGGAUACGACCGAGAGGGCAGCCCAAUCUGGUAUGAUGUGAUUGGACCAAUGGAUCCCAAAGGCCUCUUCCUGUCUGCCUCCAAGCAAGAUUUCAUCAAGUCCAAGAUCAAAGACUGUGAGAUGCUGCAGAAGGAAUGUAACCACCAGUCAGAAAGACUGGGCAGGAAUAUAGAGUCCAUCACUAUGAUCUAUGAUGUUGAAGGCCUGGGACUGAAGCACUUAUGGAAGCCUGCUAUAGAAACAUAUGGAGAGAUUCUUCAGAUGUUUGAAGACAAUUACCCAGAAGGCCUGAAGAGGCUGUUCGUCAUUAAAGCCCCUAAACUCUUUCCUGUGGCCUACAACCUAGUCAAACACUUUCUGAGUGAGAACACACGACAAAAAAUAUGCAUCCUUGGUGCUAACUGGCAGGAGGUUUUGCUGAAGUACAUCGAUGCUGAAGAGCUGCCGGCCAUAUAUGGGGGUAAACUGACCGAUCCUGAUGGAGAUCCUCGCUGUAGAACCAGAAUAAACCAUGUUGGCCCAGUUCCCUCUUCUUAUUAUGUCCGGGACCAUGUUCAGGUGGAAUAUGAGCGUUGUAUCACAGUAAAUCGAGGCUCAUCUCAGCAGCUGGACUAUGAUAUCUUGUUCCCGGGCUGUGUUCUUAGGUGGCAGUUUAGCAGUGAGGGUGCAGAUAUUGGCUUUGGGGUAUUCUUAAAAGCUAAAAAGGGUGAGUGGAAGAAAGCAGCUGAGAUGCAGGAAAUCAUUCCAAGCCAACGCUACAAUUCCCACUUAGUGCCUGAAGAUGGAUCCCUGACCUGUGAGCGUCCAGGAGUCUAUGUUCUCAGAUUUGACAACACCUACAGCAUCUUCCAGGCCAAGCGAAUCAGCUUUACUGUUGAGGUCCUGCUUCCUGACCACUUACAGUUCUCACAAACCAACGGGAAGCAUGUUGACCAUGUGCAGGCAGAGGGCAACAACCAGUUGUAAAACCAGUGACCAGUGAUGUGUAGCGACACACAGUGGUAAGCACAGCUUGAAAUACUUGACAUGGACAGGCACACACAGUAUUGAUUAUGGUGUAAAAUUCAGCAGUUGUUUCACCUACAUGCUGUCCAUUUGUCAACGUUGUUUUGCACAUUAUGAAUUUAAAAAAACAUUAGUGCCACAGAUCAGAUGUGGAAACCCAAGGGUAGCUUUAUUAUUUUGAAUUUAUUUUUUAUGUAAUGUUUAUAUAGCCAGCACCUCCAAAGUCUUGUUAGAUUUGGACCGAACGGUAAAUAGAGGAUGCCAAUGGAAUGUAAGAAUGACUUUCACAUUGGAUGUUUUUCUUUGUUAAGAAAAAAUAUUUUCUUUUUACAUGUUCCUUGUCUUGAAAAUUAAAUGUUAUUAAGCACUAAAAUCUUAAUGCAAAUCCAUAUAAGCCCUGCAGCAGUAACACUUAUAGCAAAGACAAAGUCAACAUCUUUCUUUGUGAUGUAACCACAUGGUGUUUCGUCCUCUUUGGGUAUGUUCUCAUUUUUUGUUCUUUCUUUGGCCUGGACAUUUAGCAGAAACAUAGAUCAUGUAUGUUUGCAUGUUAAACAUGUGGAAUCCUAUCAAAUAGGUUUACUUUUAUAACUGUUAUAGAUUCUUUUUUAUUGUUUUCAUUGUUCAUGCUUACUUUGAAGGCUGAUCCCGCCUCUCCGGGAUAUUUAAGCAACAAAUAUUCACAUUUGCCCCCGUGAUUAUUUUAUAAAUAAUUUCCUGAAAAUGAUGGAUUACAUGUGGUUGUUAUGACAUAAAGCUAGUCAGAUUAUUUUUAGUAACACGAUUUUAGUAAAACUUGCAUUUUAAUAAUGAUCAGCAACAUUAAACAGUAGUUGUCUGAAGUGAGUGUGACGAUAAGUAAUUGGAGAGCUUCAGAAACAGAACUUGACAUAUUCAUGUUAACCCUUUGUACAUGUAUACUCAUGUUUAAAGUGUAACUCAGGUCUUUAUGAGCUCUUUAGGCGGUGACCAAAACAAAAACCUUAUAUUUUACUAUGAGCUGCUGUCAUACUGUUGCACUGAAUGGACCUUUAGCACCAUACAGAUGAUGAUUUUACACAUAUUGUAAGAGUUGUUCGAACUUAAUGUUGUGAAUAAAUAAAUAUUUUGUUCUGUGACCGCUAACUGUACCUUUCAUACAAUAUGGAAUGCUGUAUAGUGCAAUAUGGACACGUUUCUGAUGAUAAAUCCUUUAAAUUAUAUAAAAAAAAAUCUUAUUUUGAUCUGGGUUACCCCUCCUUUCUUUCUGUUUUCUUAUUUGUAAGGCAGCUCUUCUUUAAUCUUAAAGUUCUAAAAGCUUUUUUGAUGAUCUCUCAAACAUUUUCUUUAACAUUGGCUACUUUAUUUGAUGAUCUUCUUUUCCAUAUUACCAACCUUUUUUUUUGCAGGCAUAUAUAUCUUUUUUUCUGACCCGUGAAUCAUAAAUGCAUAAAUAAGACAUCUUAAAUAAACACAUAACAAGACACAUUAGCUAAUAAUCCAUUGCAGGUUUUUUUUAUUAGUGGUCAUGUACACAGACACAUAGUUUUCUAUCAAUUUCUUUAGUUUUAUUGAUGAAAAAUAUCAAAGAAAGUCUAACAAAGAUAAAAUUAUAUGUUUGCACAAACAAGGGAGGGGUUAACCUUUUCUACAGCUGAAUACCAAAGUGUGAAAGUUAUGUUUUUUUUUGUUUUUUUUAAAGAGAGAGAGAAGACAAAUCCGGCAAAGACCUGAUAUAGAACACAUCUGGACUUUUAGCUGAUCCAAGUAUCAUCAGAAAUGGUCUGUAUGGAAGAAUGGCUGUCAGGAAGCCAUUAUUCUGAAAAACAGUAAAUAAAGCUGAAAUUUGCCUGUAGAACUAGUGCUGAGGACCAAUUACAGACCAAUUACAGAAAAUGAUUAAUAAGACAAUUUGCUACAAACUGUCUCUCUACAUCACAGGUGUCAAACUCCAGUCCUUGAAGGCCUGCAGGUUUUAGAGGUGUCCCUGUUUCAAACAAACCUGAUUCACAUCCAAGUGUUAUUAGCAAGCCCUUGCAAAGCUCAACAAUG